GAUGCCGUUCCUUCGGCGCCGGCUGCGAUGGAGACUGAGAGCAUUGUUAUGCCAGAAGACAUGCGCAGUAAGAUUGCUGAGAUGGCUUUCAAGAAGGUUCCAGGUGCAAUGGACAUCUGGCGUCUCCGCUCGAAGCAAGAGCAGGCAAAGCUAGCAGCGUACGAUGGAGACAAGUGCAGUUGCGAAGCUUGCACUUCUUGA